UCCUUUUACCCCUUCAAAGAAAAGAGAAUGUCAAUCUCUCAUUUUCAACAAAGGCGGACCAGACCAUCAUGAAAACGCGGCCAAUAUUAAUGGAGUUGCAGUCUUUUCACGUUCUUCCAAUUAUACCAUGAUUUCACUUGCAAGACACAGCUUUCUGAGUUUGUUGUUGCGUAGAGCAGAGAGAAAGGUUUCAGCUUUAAUGGAGACUACAAUGGUGAAUGGUGGUGAUUUCUUAGUGGUGGAUAACAUGGCAGGUGGUGGUGUCGAGGACGUCUAUGGUGAGGAUUUUGCCACGUUAGAUCAGCUUCUCACUCCAUGGACUGCCUCUGUUGCUAGUGGAUAUACUUUGUUGCGAGACCCACACCACAACAAGGGACUUGCCUUUACUGAAAAAGAAAGAGAUGCUCAUUAUUUGCGAGGCCUUCUGCCUCCAGCAGUCCUAACUCAGGAGCUUCAGGAGAAGAAACUAAUGCACAACCUUCGUCAAUACCAAGUUCCUUUACAGCGAUACAUGGCCAUGAUGGAUCUUCAGGAGAGAAAUGAAAGGCUGUUUUACAAGCUUCUUAUUGAUAAUGUUGAGGAGCUGCUCCCAGUUGUGUACACUCCAACAGUUGGGGAGGCUUGCCAGAAAUAUGGGAGCAUUUUCAGGCGCCCUCAGGGUCUCUACAUUAGUUUGAAAGAAAAGGGGAAAAUCCUUGAAGUAUUGAAAAACUGGCCAGAGAGAAGUGUUCAAGUCAUCGUUGUUACUGAUGGUGAACGAAUUUUGGGACUUGGAGAUCUUGGCUGCCAGGGAAUGGGGAUUCCUGUUGGGAAACUUUCCCUCUAUACAGCUCUAGGUGGAAUUCGUCCUUCAGCGUGCUUGCCUGUUACCAUUGAUGUUGGCACAAACAACGAGAAGUUGUUGAAUGAUGAGUUCUACAUUGGGCUUAAACAAAGAAGGGCAACUGGGCAGGAAUAUGCUGAACUGCUACAGGAGUUCAUGACUGCCGUUAAGCAGAGCUACGGAGAGAAGGUCUUAAUACAGUUUGAAGAUUUUGCAAACCACAACGCGUUUGAGCUGCUGGCCAAAUACAGCUCCUCUCAUCUCGUUUUCAAUGAUGAUAUACAGGGUACUGCGUCUGUGGUACUGGCUGGGCUUAUCGCAGCUCUAAAGCUGGUUGGUGGAGCCCUAGCAGAUCAUACUUUCUUAUUCUUGGGUGCUGGUGAGGCUGGAACUGGUAUAGCUGAGCUUAUAGCUCUUCAGAUAUCAAAGGAGACAAAUGCUCCAAUUGAAGAGACCCGCAAGAAGAUUUGGCUUGUGGACUCAAAGGGACUGAUUGUCGACUCCCGUAAGGGAUCCCUUCAACACUUUAAGAAGCCUUGGGCACAUGAGCAUGAACCUGUCAAGACACUUUUAGAUGCUGUCAAGGCCAUCAAGCCAACAGUUCUGAUAGGAUCAUCUGGAGUGGGAAAAACAUUCACAAAGGAAGUUGUUGAAGCCAUGACAAGCUUCAAUGAGAAACCUCUUAUUCUUGCUCUAUCAAAUCCUACCUCUCAAUCUGAAUGCACAGCAGAACAAGCAUACACAUGGAGUGAGGGCAAAGCAAUCUACGCUAGUGGAAGCCCAUUCGAUCCUGUUGAGUACAAUGGGAAAGUUUUUGCGCCCGGCCAGGCAAACAAUGCUUACAUAUUCCCUGGCUUUGGUUUGGGUUUGAUAAUCUCUGGUGCAAUUCGUGUGCACGAUGAUAUGCUUUUGGCAGCCUCGGAGGCUUUGGCUGCCCAAGUUACCGAGGAAAAUUUUGAAAAGGGAUUGAUUUACCCACCAUUCUCCAACAUCAGAAAGAUAUCAGCCCAUAUCGCCGCUAAAGUUGCCGCAAAGGCAUAUGAACUUGGUCUAGCUUCGCAUCUUCCUCGACCCGAGAAUCUUGUCAAGUAUGCCGAGAGCUGCAUGUACAGUCCAGUGUACAGGAACUAUCGCUGAACCCGAGCACGAUCUUCUGCAUUUUGCAAUCUUAGUCAAUUAUCUUGCUCUUAGGUUUCUUGUUUUGCAAGUGAUGAUGAUUUCGUUGUCGGGAGUUCUUCUAUUCAGCACAUUCUUUUGAGCAUUUAGUGUAGUAUACAUGUAUUCUGAGAUUGUUGCAGUAUGCAUAGUUGUUUUUGUUCUCAGUUCUGCAAUGCGUUUUCAGCAUUUAAUAAAGAGAAGUAGCGUGUUAAGGAGCAAA